CGCGGGGAGCGCGAGCGGCCCGAGGCGGCGGCCUCCCUGCCACCCGCCCGGCCACCCGCCCGGCCGCCGACGCGGGGACAGGGAGCGGGGCCGGCCUGCGCCCCCCGGCGUGCGGCCGGGGCCGUCGGAGAAGCCCGAGCGGCGGCGUCCCCCGCGGCCGCCCCCAAGUUGGCCGCGCGAAACUUUUCCCCGCGCGUCUGGGCGCCGCCCCCGCCGAGACCCGCCGCCGGUGGGGAGUGAAGGGGGGGAGAGGCCCGCGGCUCCCUCUCCCCCCCGCCGCCGCCUCCCGUCGAGGCGCAGCCGGGCGCGACAGCGGGGCCGGGGGCCCCCGGGCGAUGGCCGCGGAGCUGGCGAUGGGCGCCGAACUGCCCAGCAGCCCGCUGGCCAUCGAGUACGUCAACGACUUCGACCUGAUGAAGUUCGAGGUGAAGAAGGAGCCGCCCGAGGCCGAGCGCUUCUGCCACCGCCUGCCGCCCGGCUCGCUGUCCUCGACGCCGCUCAGCACGCCCUGCUCCUCCGUGCCCUCCUCGCCCAGCUUCUGCGCGCCCAGCCCGGGCACCGGCGGCGGCGGCGGCGGCGCGGGGGGCGGCAGCGGCGCGGCGCAGGCCGGGGCCACCGCGGGGCCAACGGGCGGGGGCCCGGGUGCCGUCGGGGGCGCCUCGGGGAAGCCGGCGCUGGAGGAUCUGUACUGGAUGAGCGGCUACCAGCACCACCUGAACCCCGAGACGCUCAACCUGACGCCCGAGGACGCGGUGGAGGCGCUCAUCGGCAGCGGCCACCAUGCCGGGCACCACGGCGCGCACCACCCGGCGGCCGCCGCGGCCUACGAGGCUUUCCGGGGCCAGGGCUUCGGGGGCAGCGGCGGCGCGGACGACAUGGGCACCGGCCACCACCACGGCGCGCACCACGCCGCCCACCACCACCACGCCGCCCACCAUCACCACCACCACCACCACGCGGGCGCGGGCCACCACGGCGGCGGCGGCGCAGGCCACCACGUGCGCCUGGAGGAGCGCUUCUCCGACGACCAGCUGGUGUCCAUGUCGGUGCGCGAGCUGAACCGGCAGCUCCGCGGCUUCAGCAAGGAGGAGGUCAUCCGGCUGAAGCAGAAGCGGCGCACGCUCAAAAACCGCGGCUACGCGCAGUCGUGCCGCUUCAAGCGCGUGCAGCAGCGGCACAUUCUGGAGAGCGAGAAGUGCCAGCUCCAGAGCCAGGUGGAGCAGCUGAAGCUGGAGGUGGGGCGCCUGGCCAAGGAGCGGGACCUGUACAAGGAGAAAUACGAGAAGCUGGCGGGCCGGGGCGGCCCCGGGGGCGCGGGCGGGGCCGGCUUCCCGCGGGAGUCCUCGCCGCCGCAGGCCGGGCCCGGCGGGGCCAAGGGCGCACCCGACUUCUUCCUGUGAGCGCCCGGGCCGAGCGCGCGCCGCCGCCGCCACCGGCCAGAGGCUCGGGCCGCGCGGGCCGCCGGCGCCGGACUGGAGGCCCCUGCCCGUCGGGCGCCCCGCGCCUUCCCAGCUCGCGGACCGGGACGGGGCCGCGCCCCCUCCGCGCACGGAGCGCGGGCCCUCCCGGCCAAGCGGGGCCGGAGCCGGCUUCCUCCCCGGCGUCCGCCUGCCCGGCCGCGGCGCGCGGCU